GCCUAACCUGGCCUGAGGGGCUGAGACCGGGCGGAGCACGAUGAGACCCAUAAUCCUUUGCAGCUUCCUCUUGGCGUCUGUCCAGGCAUCGGAACUGGAGGGGCACUUUGAUCUAGCCAAGUGUCGCUACGCGCUGGGCAUGCAGGAUCGAACCAUCCCCGACGAGGAUCUAUCUGCCUCGAGUGCCUGGUCUGACUCCACGGCCGCCAAGCACAGCCGGCUGGACACGAGUGAUGGGGACGGGGCGUGGUGCCCGGCGGGGCCCGUUUAUCCCAAUGACGCCGAGUUCCUGGAGGUUGACCUGCAGCGCCUGCACUUCCUGACCCUGGUGGGCACCCAGGGCCGCCACGCGGGGGGCCACGGCAAGGAGUUUGCCCGGACCUACCGCCUCCACUACAGCCGCGACCGGCACCACUGGCUCGCCUGGCGGGACCGCUGGGGCAACGAGGUGAUCUCUGGGAACGAGAACACCAACGAGGUGGUACUGAAGGACCUGGGGCCGCCCAUCAUCGCCCGCUACGUGCGCUUCUACCCACGCGCCGACCGUGUCAUGAGCGUCUGCCUGCGCGUGGAGCUGUACGGCUGCAUCUGGCGUGAUGGGCUGCAGUCCUACACCGCCCCCCAGGGCCAGACCAUGGCCCUCCAGCCGGAGCCUGUCUACCUCAACGACUCCACCUAUGACGGCUACAGUGUCAGCAAGCUGCAGUUCGGGGGGCUGGGGCAGCUGACGGAUGGCGUGGUGGGGCUGGACGACUUCACCCAGACUAAGGAGCUGCGGGUCUGGCCGGGCUACGACUACGUGGGCUGGAGAAAUGACUCCUUCCCCAAAGGCUACCUGGAGAUGGAGUUCGAGUUCGACAGCCUGCGGGUCUUCACUUACAUGAAGAUCUACUGCAAUAACAUGCACACACGGGGGGUGAGCAUAUUCCGGCAGGUGGAUUGCAGGUUCAAACGCAGCCUCCCCACGGCCUGGGAGCCCGAACUUGUCUCCCACGAGCUGGCUGUGGACGUCAAGGACCCCAGUGCCCGGUCAGUCACCGUGCCCCUUGAGGGGCACCUCGGGCGUUUCCUGCAAUGCCACUUCCAUUUCUCUGGCACUUGGAUGCUCUUCAGUGAGAUCGCCUUCCUCUCGGGUGAGGGAGUGGGUCUAGUGGUUAGAGCCAGGGGGCUGAGAGCCAGGACUCCUGGGUUCUAUUGCCCCAAUGAAGGGGCCUGGCUUUAUUACCCUCAUGUGUCAGGAACGUUCAUCUCCCUUCCAUUGUCUCGGGAAAGAUGGGGGCUAAAAGGGGAGGAGCAUAAUGCAGCCCCGCCCCUUCCCCAUGCCCCACCCCUCUCGUGUGCGUCUGUCAGUCUGUUCUCAUCCAUCCGCUUGUCUCUCCCUCCCAUCCCUGCCCCACCUCCCCUUCUCCCGACAGCUCUGCUGCUCAACAACCCGGCCUAUCGGCUCUUCCUGGCCACAUACGCCCAGCCAAUGGGAGGGCUCGCUCGCCCGCCAGCCGACGGGGCUAAGCCAAUCAACACAGAUGCCUGCAGCGGCGACUACAUGGAACCAGACCCUGCCGGGGCCCAGGCCGUGGCGCAGAACAAUGUCCCGCACUACGCCGAGGCAGACAUUAUCAACCUGCAGGGGGUGACGGGCGGGAACACCUACGCCGUGCCCGCUGUGGCCGUGGAUGCGCUGGCCGGCAAGGACAUGGCCCUAGGGGAGUUCCCCCGGGGGCGUCUCCUCUUCAAGGAGAAGCUAGGGGAGGGGCAGUUUGGAGAGGUGCAUCUCUGUGAGAUAGAAAGUCCCCAGGAUCUGCCCAUUCUGGAGUUCCCAUUCAACGUGCGCAAGGGACGCCCCCUGCUGGUGGCCGUGAAAAUCCUGCGCUCUGAUGCAACCAAGAAUGCCAGGAACGACUUCCUGAAGGAGGUGAAGAUCAUGUCACGGCUGAAGGACCCCAACAUCGUGCGGCUGCUGGGCGUGUGCGUGCGGGACGACCCCCUGUGCAUGAUCACCGAGUACAUGGAGAACGGGGACCUCAACCAGUUCCUCACCAGCCACGAGCUGGAGGACAAGCUGGGGGGCAGCACCAGCGAUGCCCCCACCAUCAGGUACCCCCCGCUGGUCCACGUGGCGGCUCAGAUUGCCUCGGGGAUGAAGUUUCUGGCCUCUCUCAACUUCGUGCACCGGGACCUGGCCACGCGCAAUUGCCUGGUGGGGGAGGGCUUCACCAUCAAGAUCGCCGACUUCGGCAUGAGUCGCAACCUCUACUCGGGGGACUACUACCGCAUCCAGGGACGUGCCGUGCUGCCCAUCCGCUGGAUGGCCUGGGAGUGCAUCCUCAUGGGGAAGUUCACCACGGCCAGCGACGUCUGGGCCUUCGGGGUGACACUCUGGGAGGUGCUGAUGCUGUGUCAGGAGCAACCCUACAGCGAGCUCACCGACGAGCAGGUCAUCGAGAAUGCCGGACAGUUCUUCCGGGACCAGGGCGAGCAGAUAUACCUGUCCCGGCCCCCUGCCUGCCCCCUGGCUCUCUAUGAGGUGAUGCUGCGCUGCUGGGUCCGCGAGUCCAAGGACCGUCCCUCCUUCCAGCACAUCCACCGCUUCCUGUCUGAGGACGCCCUCAACAUGGUGUGAGCCAAGCUGAGCAGAGGGGGGGCCAGCCCAUGUGGACUCCCAGGCAUCAGCUUCUAUUCUGCAUCUCUCCAGCUACAGCUGUGGGUCGUCUGUGCAGCAGCUCGGGUGGGGAGCUGGAUUUGGGAACUGGAAGCUUCUCUACUGGGGCGUCUUAAGGGGAAUCUGUCCUUGUGUCUGGCCCUACCUCAAUCUGUCCAUCCCUGGCUGGCCAGCCUGCCUGCCACUCUAGCUAGCUAGCUCACUUCUCUCUCCAGGCAUUCCUGACUCAUUCUAUUGAUCUAUUUCUUCUUCUAUUCAUCCUUUCUUCGUUCUCUCUCACUCACACACACACACACACUCCAUAUCCCUCUCUCACUUUCUCUCUAUCCCCUACUCUCUCUGUCACCAUCUCUCAUCCCCUCUAUGUCUCUCACUCCCUUUUUUCCCAUCUACCCUUCCUUGCUCCUUACUCCUCCUUUUACUCUUCCCCUCUGUAUCCCUUGGAGGGUUUUUCUUUCCUCCCCACUGCCCUCCUGCAGUGGGGCUGACUCCAAAGGGGACGUGGCAGAACUGGCUUUGGGGGUCAGACUUCUGUAUUAUUUUUAUUUUGCGUGGACUGGACUAACACUGGGGAAAAAAUAAUGCCUUGGUCUCAUGGCACUGGGGUGAACUGAACACUGGAUGUAGGAGUUGCUACUGACAUGGACAGGGGAAGGGAGGGGUGGUGCAAAGGUACGGGACAACAAUGAAAUAGCCUGGAGGCAACCAGGCCACCCUCAGAGGAGGGAGACUGGUCUAGAGGGGCCCGGUGGUCUGCUCUAACAAAGCAAGAGACACUGUUUGUUCUAAUAGGGCCAGAUCCCCAAUCAACCUCAAUGCAAUUACUGCUGGUUGAUACCAGCUGGGGAUCCGGGCAUCAUUGUUUGUAAUUUAAUUUUUCCUUCCUCCUGAGACUUGGAGGAAGGAAUUGUAGAUACCGUACUGUAGAGUCUGGGGGCAGCGAGAUUUUCACCGGGGACUAGUGUUUUAGGGUGCAUUCAUUUUUGUAGAGGGAAAGAGGCACCACGCUAAAGGGCCUUCUCGGAAAAUCAAGUGCCUUUAAGGUGCGAAAUCACUAAUCACUUUGCAAAGUCUUGAGCUGAACUUCUCAAAGGAAGUGAAGGUGAGUGAAGUGCUCAGAGAAAUGAAUGAGCUUUGAGCACUAAAUUUCCUUAGAUUUCUCCAAAAUCCCCAGUCAUAUUUUUGUUUCCAAGGAGUAAAUAUUGAUGACUGUGAUAUAGAUUUAAUGAUUCGGAUGUGUAUGUUUUUGUCUCUCUCCACCCACACACAACCCUGUCAAAUGCUUUUUAUUCAUUUUUUAAAAAAAUUCCUUGCUAAUCUUGGUAGUUUUUUUCUUUUUUACUAUUGUUAUUUGGAAACGGGAUCUGUACAUAUUUGGCGAGUAGAGAGAAAAAAAAGAUUUUUACACUAAUAUAUAGAUUUUUGUUGUUGUUGUUUAGUUGUUUCCUUUUAUGUGGUGAAUAAAAGCUUUGCAUUUUCUAUA